AUGCAAACAGAUGGAACAGUGGGAGGGCUGUGGAGAGAGGUCACCCUUCUGCUGUCUCUGAAAGUGCUGUUAUUAGAGAGGGACAGAGAGGGGGAGAGCGAGAAGGGGGGAGAGAGGGCUGCAGCAGAGCAGUCUGUCUCGUCAUGCAGCGAGACAGAGAGAGGGCUGCAGCAGAGCAGUCUGCCUCGUCACGCAGCGAGACAGAGAGAGGGCUGCAGCAGAGCAGUCUGUCUCGUCACGCAGCGAGACAGAGAGAGGGCUGCAGCAGAGCAGUUCUGUCUCGUCAUGCAGCGAGACAGAGAGAGGGCUGCAGCAGAGCAGUCUGUCUCGUCAUGCAGCGAGACAGAGAGAGGCUGCAGCAGAGCAGUCUGUCUCGUCAUGCAGCGAGACAGAGAGAGGGCUGCAGCAGAGCAGUCCUGUCUCGUCAUGCAGCGAGACAGAGAGAGGGCUGCAGCAGAGCAGUCUGUCUCGUCAUGCAGCGAGACAGAGAGAGGGCUGCAGCAGAGCAGUCUGUCUCGUCAUGCAGCGAGACAGAGAGAGGGCUGCAGCAGAGCAGUCUGUCUCGUCAUGCAGCGAGACAGAGAGAGGGCUGCAGCAGAGCAGUCUGUUUGCAGUGUGACAUUGUCAGACUGGUCUCAGCAUGGGAAUCUGUCUGUGGUUCACUGGUGUGUAGGAUCAGCUGUGUGUGCAUUCACACUAAUCAUAACACUGUGUGUGUGUGCGUGUAUGCGGAGGUCUGUGCAUGGUGAAAUGGCACAUCAAGCCUGAAAAUUAGAUUUUCCCCUUGAGUAAGAGGUUUUAUCUCUGGCACUGUCGAAAAAGUAUCAAGAAGUAUCGAGUGCUAGCCUGUUCAUUUUGCGAUGAAGGCUGAGGAGACUAGUGCUUCAUAUGCUACAUACGCACGCAUGCACAUACACACACACAGAGUGCUGUAUAUACUGUGUGAGCUCAGCUGAGCGUGGCAUGGUGUAUGCGAUGCAAGCCGGAGAAAGGAAAAUUAGCUCUCCAGAAUCCUGUGGAUUAGCCGGGAGCUGUCUGGCCUGGCACCUCGAUCGGGAAACUGGAAUCUUUUUGACUGUGAAAAUGGCUCUACCAUCCUCAAGGCUGCAGAGCGCUCAACUCCCAAGGCUAUGGCAUUUCUUCCCCCCCACUUUAGGACAUGCCUACAGACAGAGAGGCAUUGGGACUGGCACAUAAAAUAAAUGGCAUGUAGACAACAUGUAGAUGGGCACACAAGCAGACAUACAGAGGAUUGCGAAAGUAUUCACCCCCCUUGGCAUUUUUCCUAUUUUGUUGCCUUACAACCUGGAAUAAAAAUUGAUUUUUGUGGGGUUUGUAUAAUUUGAUUUACACAACAUGCCUGAUAAAGGCAAAAUAAACGCACACCUAUUUAGGCGAGGUGCUGGCUGACGGCGUAAAACACUUGAAAAAGAAAAGGAAAGCCGCACACUCUAGGAGCUCAGAUGCAAUAAUUUAAUAUCCUAAUAACCAACGUUUCGACAGACAAGCUGUCUUCAUCAUAAUUUAAAGACCCUUGCUCCCUUCGUCUCAAUGUAGACUUUGAUUUGAAGCCAUUCUUGUGAUUUUGCUAUUCAUUUUAAAUGUUGUGGGCCUAUGUAGCCAAGUAUCUAUGAUCAUAUGCUAUCCAUGUUUUUUGUAUGUUGUUUUUAUCUGUGAAUUGGCCAAUGCUAUUAGGCCACACCCGGCCAUGAUUACAGACACCUGCGUGUGUCCUUUCACACUAUAUAAACUAGUGACCCGCAGUGUUUGUCAUUAUACCCUGAUGAAGACAGCUUGUCUGUCGAAACGUUGGUUAUUAGGAUAUUAAAUUAUUGCAUCUGAGCUCCUAGAGUGUGCAGCUUUCCUUUUCUCUUACACAACAUGCCUACCACUUUGAAGAUGCAAAAUAUUUUUUUAUUGUGAAACAAACAAGAAAUAAGACAAAAAAACAGAAAACUUGAGCGUGCAUAACUAUUCACCCCCCCAAAGUCAAUACUUUGUAGAGCCACCUUUUGCAGCAAUUACAGCUGCAAGUCUCUUGGGAUAUGUCUCUAUAAAAUCAAAUCAAAUCAUAUUUUAUUUGCCACAUGCGCUGAAUACAACAGGUGUAGACAUUACAGUGAAAUGCUUACUUACAAGCCCUUAACCAACAAUGCAGUUUUUUAAAGAAACAUUUAAAAUAAAAAAGUGUUCAUUAAGAUAAAAAAAAAAAGAAGCAAAUAGCUAAAGAGCAGCAGUAAAAUAACAGUAGGGAGGCUAUAUACAGGGGGGUACCGGUACAGAGUCAAUGUGCGGGGGAUAGUCGAGGUAAUUGAGGUCAUAUGUACAUGUGGGUAGAGUUAAAGUGACUAUGCAUAAAUAGUAAACAGAGUAGCAGCAGCGUAAAAGAGGGGGAUGGGGUGGGGUGGGGGCAGUGCAAAUAGUCCGGGUAGCCAUGAUUAGCUGUUCAGGAGUCUUAUGGCUUGGGGGUAGAAGCUGUUGAGAAGCCUUUUGGACCUAGACUUGGCGCUCCGGUACCGCUUGCCGUGCGUUAGCAGAGAGAACAGUCUAUGACUAUGGUGGCUCGAGUCUUUGACACAUUUUAGGGCCUUCCUCUGACACCACCUGGUAUAGAGGUCCUGGAUGGCAGGAAGAUUGGCCCCAGUGAUGUACUGGGCUGUAUGCACUACCCUCUGUAGUGCCUUGCGGUCGGAGGCCGAGCAGUUGCCAUACCAAAUCAAAUCAAAUCAAAUCAAAUUGUAUUGGUCACAUGCGCCGAAUACAACAGGUGCAGACAUUACAGUGAAAUGCUUACUUACAGCCCUUAACCAACAGUGCAUUUAUUUUUAACAAAAAAAGUAAAAAUAAAACAACAACAAAAAAGUGUUGUGAAAAAAAAGAGCAGAAGUAAAAUAAAAUAACAGUAGGGAGGCUAUAUAUACAGGGGGGUACCGGUGCAGAGUCAAUGUGCGGGGGCACCGGCUAGUUGAGGUAGUUGAAGUAAUAUGUACAUGUGGGUAGAGUUAAAGUGACUAUGCAUAAAUAAUUAACAGAGUAGCAGCAGCGUAAAAAGGAUGGGGUGGGGGGGCAGUGCAAAUAGUCCGGGUAGCCAUGAUUAGCUGUUCAGGAGUCUUAUGGCUUGGGGGUAGAAGCUGUUGAGAAGUCUUUUGGAUCUAGACUUGGCACUCCGGUACCGCUUGCCGUGCGGUAGCAGAGAGAACAGUCUAUGACUAGGGUGGCUGGAGUCUUUGACAAUUUUGAGGGCCUUCCUCUGACACCGCCUGGUAUAGAGGUCCUGGAUGGCAGGAAGCUUGGCCCCAGUGAUGUACUGGGCCGUACGCACAACUCUCUGUAGUGCUACUCUCUCACCAGGCGGUGAUGCAACCAGUCAGGAUGCUCUCGAUGGUUCAGCUGUAGAACUUUUUGAGGAUCUGAGGACACCAAGGAACUUGAAGCUCUCAACCUGUUCCACUACAGCCCCGUCGAUGAGAAUGGGGGCGUGCUCAGUCCUCUUUUUUUUCCUGUAGUCCACAAUCAUCUCCUUUGUCUUGAUCACGUUGAGGGAGAGGUUGUUAUCCUGGCACCACACGGCCAGGUCUCUGACCUCCUCCCUAUAGGCUGUCUCAUCGUUGUCGGUGAUCAGGCUUACCACUGUGUCCUUGGGCACAGGGACUAUGGUGGUCUACUUGAAACAUGUUGGUAUUACAGACUCAGUCAGGGACAUGUUGAAAAUGUCAGUGAAGACCUUUGCCAGUUGGUCAGUGCAUGCUCGCAAUACACGUCCUGGUAAUCCGUCUGGCCCUGCGGCCUUGUGAAUGUUGACCUGCUUAAAAGUCUUACUCACAUCGGCUACGGAGAGCGUGAUCACAUAGUCAUCCGGAACAGCUGAUGCUCUCAUGCAUGCUUCAGUGUUGCUUGCCUCGAAGCGAGCAUAGAAGUGAUUUAGCUCGUCUGGUAGGCUUGUGUCACUGGGCAGUUCGCGGCUGUGCUUCCCUUUGUAGUCUGUAAUAGUUUUCAAGCCCUGCCACAUCCGACAAGCUUCAGAGCUGGUGUAGUACGAUUCAAUCUUAGUCCUGUAUUGACUCUUUGCCUGUUUGAUGGUUCGUCGGAGGGCAUAGCAGGAUUUCUUAUAAGCUUCCGGGUUAGAGUCCCGCUCCUUGAAAGCGGCAGCUCUACCCUUUAGCUCAGUGCGGAUGUUGCCUGUAAUCCAUGGCUUCUGGUUGGGGUAUGUACAUACGGUCACAGUGGGGACGACAUCAUCGAUGCACUUAUUGAUGAAGCCAGUGACUGAUGGGGUGUACUCCUCAAUGCUAUCUAAAGAAUCCCGGAACAUAUUCCAUUAUGUGCUAGCAAAACAGUCCUGUAGCUUAGUAUCUGCGUCAUCUGACCACUUUUUUAUUAACCGAGUCACUGGUGCUUCCUGCUUUAGUUUUUGCUUAUAAGCAGGAAUCAGGAGGAUAGAGUUAUGGUCAGAUUUGCCAAAUGGAGGGCGAGGGAGAGCUUUGUAUGCGUCUCUGUGUGUGGAGUAAAGGUGGUCUAGAGUUUUUUUUCCUCUGGUUGCACAUUUAACAUGCUGAUAGAAAUUAGGUAGAACGGAUUUAAGUUUCCCUGCAUUAAAGUCCCCGGCCACUAGGAGCGCUGCCUCUGGAUGAGCGUUUUCCUGUCUGCUUAUGGCCUUAUAUAGCUCAUUGAGUGCAAUCUUGGUAGAUAGACAGCUACAAAAAAUAUAGAUGAAAACUCUCUUGGUAAAUAUUGUGGUCUACAGCUUAUCAUGAGAUACUCUACCUCAGGCGAGCAAAACCUUGAGACUUCCUUAGUAUUAGAUUUUAUGCACCAGCUGUUGUUUACAAAUAUACACAGACCGCCACCCCUUGUCUUACCGGAGUCAGCCGUUCUAUCCUGCCCAUGUAGCGUAUAGCCCGCUAGCUGUAUGUUAUCCAUGUCGUCGUUCAGCCACGACUCGGUGAAACAUAAGAUAUUACAAUUUUUAAUGUCCCGUUGGUAAGAUAACCUAGGUCUUAGAUCAUCCAAUUUGUUUUCAAAUGAUUGAACAUUGGCUAAUAGGAUUGAUGGAAGAGGCAGUUUACUCGCUCGCCGUCGGAUCCUUACAAGGCACCCCGACCUACGUCCACAAUAUCUCAGUCUCUUUCUCAUGCGAAUGACGGGGAUUUUGGCCUUGUCGGGUGUCUGUAGAAUAUCCUUCGCGUCUGACUCGUUGAAGAAAAAAUCUUAGUCCAAUACGAGGUGAGUAAUCGCUGUCCUGAUAUCCAGAAGCUCUUUUUGGUCAUAAGAGACAGUGGCAGAAACAUUAUGUACAGAAUAAAUUACAAAUAACGCGAAAAAACACACAUAAUAGUACAAUUGGUUAGAGGGCUGUAAAACGGCAGCCAUCUUUUCCGGCGCCAUUCUUGUAGAAAGCUUGGGACAUCUAGCCACUGGGAUUUUUGCCCAUUCUUCAAUGCAAAACUGCUCCAGCUCCUUCAAGUUGGAUGGGUUCCGCUGGUGUACAGCAAUCUUUAAGUCAUACCACAGUGUCACGCCCUGGCUCUGGGACUCUGUUAUGUUGAGCCAGGGUGUGUGGUUUCUAUGUGUUUUGUGUGCUAGGGUGAUUGUCUAGUUCGUUUGUUUCUAUGUUGGCCGGUGUGGUUCUCAAUCAGAGGCAACGUGAAUCAGCUGUUGCUUGUUGUCUCUGAUUGGGAACCAUAUUUAAGUAGCCUGUUUUUCCACAGUGUUUGUGGGAUCUUGUUCCGUAUGGUUUGUGUUGUAACCAAGGACUUCACGUUUCGUAUCGUUUGUUGUUUUGUUCGUGUGGUGAAUAAUAAAUAAAGUAUGUUCACAUUCCAUGCUGCGCAUUGGUCCUCUCUUCCCGACGAUCGUGACAGAAGAUCCCACCAUAACUGGACCAAGCAGCGUGUCCAGGAGCCAACGCCAGAGGUGACUCUGAAGGAUAUCAACCUCGACUGGGUCAAGCCGCGGGAGGAGGAGAGAGGCUGGACUUUGGAGCAGAGGAGCGAGAGUCUGGCGAGAGCCAUGGAGGCCUGGCCCACGGGGAGGAGAGACGCCCAGAAUUUUUUUUUGGGGGGGGGCUCACGCCGUGGACGACGGGGCAGCAGGAGGCCGGGAUAGAGUGGUUCAGCGGGUUGGCAAAGGAGGCCGCCAGGUUACGGGAGUCACUGGUCACCAGGGGGAAGGAGAAUGUAGAGGCACGGCGAGAAGUACUGGGGUGUGUUGCCAGUCCGGUCCGGCCCGUUCCUGAUCCCCGCGUAGGGCCAGUGGUGUGUGUCCCCAGUACGGUCCGGCUUGUUCCUGUCCCUCGCACCGAGCCUGUAGUGCGCGUCGCCAGCCCGGUCCGGCAUGUUCCUGCCCCUCGCACCGAGCCUGUGGUGCGCGUCGCCAGCCCGGUCCGGCAUGUUCCUGCCCCUCGCACCAAGCCUGUGGUGCGCGUCGUCAGCCCGGUCCGGCCUGUUCCUGCUCCCCGCACCAAGCUAGUGGUGCGCUUCGUCAGCCCGGUUCGGCCCGUCCCUGCUCCCCGCACCAAGCCUGUGGUGCGCGUCGUCAGCCCGGUCCGGCCUGUUUCUGCUCCCCGCACCAAGCCAAUGGUGCGCUUCGUCAGCCCGGUUCGGCCCGUCCCUGCUCCCCGCACCAAGCCAAUGGUGCGCGUCGUCAGCCUGGCACAGCCCGUGCCUUUUCCACCGGUGCCUGGUCCAGCACCGGUAAGCUGCUCCACUCCGGAGCUAGAGCAAUCCGCUCCACCAGUGUUCAGUCCAGCUCCGGCCAGCAGGGCCAGACCGGACCAGGGGCGCUUUGGGGGGUUGGUUGGAGGGUGGGGGUCAAGCCCGGAGCCGGAACCGCCUCCGAGGAGGAAUAGCCACCCGGCCCUCCCCUGUUCGGUUUAUGUUUGGCGCGGUCGCAGUCCGCGCCUUUGGGGGGGGGGUACUGUCACGCCCUGGCUCUGGGACUCUGUUAUGUUGAGCCAGGGUGUGUGGUUUCUAUGUGUUUUGUGUGCUAGGGUGAUUGUCUAGUUCGUUUGUUUCUAUGUUGGCCGGUGUGGUUCUCAAUCAGAGGCAACGUGAAUCAGCUGUUGCUUGUUGUCUCUGAUUGGGAUCCAUAUUUAGGUAGCCUGUUUUUCCACAGUGUUUGUGGGAUCUUGUUCCGUAUGGUUUGUGUUGUAACCAAGGACUUCACGUUUCGUAUCGUUUGUUGUUUUGUUCGUGUGGUGAAUAAUAAAUAAAGUAUGUUCACAUUCCACGCUGCGCAUUGGUCCUCUCUUCCCGACGAUCGUGACACACAGAUUCUUAAUUGGAUUGAGGUCUGGGCUUUGACUAGACCAUUCCAAGAUAUUUAAAUGUUACUUAAACCACUCAAGUGUUGCUUUAGCAGUAUGCUUAGGGUCAUUGUCCUGCUGGAAGGAGAACCUCCGUCCCAGUCUCAAAUCUCUGAAACAGGUUUCCCUCAAGAAUUUCCAUGUAUUUAGCGCCAUCCAUCAUUCCUUCAAUUCUGACCAGUUUCCCAGUCCCUGCCGAUGAAAAACAUUGGAUGGUGUUCUUGGGGUGAUGAGAGGUGUUGGGUUUGCGCCAGACAUAGCGUUUUCCUUGAUGGCCAAAAAGCUCAAUUUUAGUCUCAUCUUACCAGACUACCUUCUUCCAUAUGUUUGGGGAGUCUCCCACAUGGCUUUUGGCGAACACCAAACGUGUUUGUUAUUUUUUACUUUAAGCAAUGGCUUUUUUUCUGGCCACUAUUCCGUAAAGCCCAGCUCUGUGGAGUGUAUGGCUUAAAGUGGUCCUAUGGACAGAUACUCCAAUCUCCGCUGUGGAGCUUUGCAGCUCCUUCAGGGUUAUCUUUGGUCUCUUUGUUGCCUCUCUGAUUAGUGCCCUCCUUGCCUGGUCCGUGAGUUUUGGUGGGCGGCCCUCUCUUGGAAGGUUUGUUGUGGUGCCAUAUUUGUUCAAUUUUUUAAUAAUGGAUUUAACGGUGCUCCGUGGGAUGUUCAACGUUUCUGAUAUUUUUUUAUAACCCAACCCUGAUCUGUACUUCUCCACAACUUUGUCCCUGACCUGUUUGGAGCGCUCCUUGGUCUUCAUGGUGCCGUUUGCUUGGUGGUGCCUCUUGCUUAGUGGUGAUGCAGACUCUGGGGCCUUUCAGAAACGGUGUAUUGAGAUCAUGUGACAGAUCAUGUGACACUUAGAUUGCACACAGGUGGACUUUAUUUAACUAAUUAUGUGACUUCUGAAGGUAAUUGGUUGCACCAUAUCUUAUUUAGGGGCUUCAUAGCAAAGGGGGGGUGAAUACAUAUGCACGCACCAAUUUUCAGUUAUUUAUUUUGUAGCAUUUUUUAAAACACUUCACCAAUUUGGACUAUUUUGUGUAUGUCCAUUACAUGAAAUCCAAAUAAAAAUCCAUUUAAAUUACAGGUUGCAAUGCAACAAAAUAGGAAAAACGCCAAGGGGGAUGAAUACUUUUGCAAGGCACUGUACAUACUGUACAGAGACAUGCAGUAUGCAUAUGCUCAGAGCAGUACACAGACAGACUGGUAGGUUUAGUACAUAGCCAGCCCUGAGCCUCAUCAGCAGGCCGGUGAGCCAUGGGAAGAAUAUUUACAGCUACGCUCAUUAGUCUCUCACACAGACUCUGCCAGCUAUACCCCCCUAACUCCAACAACCCCAACCCAGCCCCUGCCCUGAUGUCUAAUUCCCUGGACUCCCUCUUCCUGAUCUCAGUUGCUGUCUAUCCCUCUCUUCUUUCUUCUUUUGGUGUGUGCAAUAUGUGUAAUAUAAUGAAUCUUAUACAUUUAUAGAAGCAGAUCUUAAAAGAGAGAGAGCCAUGUAGUAUAUGUUGUUAUUUUUCUCCCCCUGCAGCCCGGCUUUAGCUUAGUAUUCUCUCUCUCGCUCCCUGUGUUUUGGUCUUUUGUCUGGUGAUUUGUGCUCACCGCUCUAGACUAACUCAUUACUACAGCAUAGCAUACAGCCAGUCAGUCAGUGUGGCUUUGGCAUCAGCAGAACAACUAUAGCUCCUUCAGCUCAUUUACUGAGAGAGGGAGAGGUAGGAAGAAAGAGAGAGAUGGGUGCUGUCUCCUUCCUCCUCCGCGUUCUCUUUCUCCUCCUCCUAUACACCAGCUCUGCUGACUGAGAAAGCUGUUACUUUCUGCCUCAUCUCUUGUUCUGUUCCGGAUGGCCUGUGUCUCCUGAUGUCUGCCCCAAGGCUGGGAGGAAUGGAGCUGAGUUGGCAAGGACACACACUUCGGAUUGGAUAGUGUAGGGCCAAAGAAGGGUACUCUAACGCAGUGUUAUCCCAUCACCAUUUCCUUUGUUUCCCUGGAUGAAGAAUAGUUCACUGAAAGGGCAUUCAGUCAGAUUGAUGAAACAAUAUCCAGUGUGUUUUCUAUUAUCGGAAGAUAAUCUCUAGUAUGUCUAUGUUUCCUUUAUUACACCUAUCCAUCACGUCUCAUGUGGGCCCCUUCUGCAGUUUAUUACCAAAUGAGCUUUAUGUGAUUAUAGUUAUGAGCUAUAAUGAUGCAGCCUGACAGAGAUAUAUGGCUAAUCUAUAUCCAUAUGAUCUAUGUAUUGUUCCGGCUGAGAGAUACAGAGACAGAAAGGGGGGGGGGGGGGGGGGGGGGGUUCAGUGGGGGCAAACAAGCGAGGUACACACGACGAAAAAGGUCAGAGAUCUGUAAGCUUUAGGUGUCUGUGCUUUAUCCACUGUCCUGGAACUCUAGGCUAUCGGAAGUGUGAUAGGCAUAUCACAGUGACUGAGUUGCAUUCUAGGGUGUGGUGAUCCAGUUGAGAGAGAGAGAGAGACGAGGAGAGAGAGAGAGAGAAGAGAGAGAGAGAGAGAGAGAGAGAGAGAGAGAGAGAGAGACUCGCUCUCUCUCUCUAUCUCUCUCUCUCUCUCGCUCUCAUACCAGGCUCUCUCAUCUCUCUCUGCUCUCUCUCUCUCUCCUCUCUCUCUCUCUCUCUCUCUCUCUCUCUUCUCUCUCUCUCGUCUCUCUUCUCCCUCUCUCUUCUCUCUCUCUCCUCUCUCUCUCUCCCUCUCUCUCUGCUCUUCUCCUCUCGCUCUCUCUCUCUCUCUCUCUCGCGUUCUCUCUCUCUCUCUCUCGCUCUCUCUCUCUCUCUUCUCUCUCUCUCUCCUCCUCAGCCUCCUUCCUGACUGUUUCUGACUCACUGAGCAUUUUUUUCCUCUUCUCUAUCCCUGGCUUAUUCAACAUCCCUCCUACACGCAUUCAAAAACCAGUGGUGUCUACUUAUUUUCAUUAAUUACAACUCUCAUUUAUUUUCCAUAAGUCAACUUGUAAAUAAACACCACUUUUAAAAUUCACUGCUGUUGGCAACUCGUUUUAACAGUGAGGAAUGCAACUUAACCCUAAUAAUUUUUUUGCCUUUUCUCUCUCAAAUACAUAUCUUCUUACUCCCACCAACAUGCUACUACAUCAUUCUCCCACCCUUCAUGUAUUCUUGUUUCCCAUCUUUCUUGUUACACAUUCAUUUUUUAAUGUUUUUAUUAUAUCUACUCUCCUGGCUUCAUCUGUUCCACCUCCCAUCUUCUCUCACCUUUGAAAAAACAUCUGUUCUCACAUCUCUUCCCUUACCAUUACCACUUAUAUCCCUAACCCUCUCAUCUCUACUCUUUUCUCCGUCCUCUUCUUCCUCCUCUAUUCUCUCACCUCCCUUCUCUCACCUUGCUCCUCUCCUAUCUUCCUUCUCUCACCUUGCUCCUCUCCUAUCUUCCUUCUCUCACCUUGCUCCUCUCCUAUCUUCCUUCUCUCACCUUGCUCCUCUCCUAUCUUCCUUCUCUCACCUUGCUCCUCUCCUAUCUUCCUUCUCUCACCUUGCUCCUCUCCUAUCUUCCUUCUCUCACCUUGCUCCUCUCCUAUCUUCCUUUUACCCCUCCAUCCUCCUUCUUCCUAUCUUCUUUCUCUCCACCACUGCUCUCACAGCUCCCUCCUCUCUCCUGAGUCAGUUACUUUCCUCCCACCAUCUCCUCUCUCCUGAGUCAGUUACUUUCCUCCCACCAUCUCCUCUCUCCUGAGUCAGUUGCUUUCCUCCCACCAUCUCCUCUCUCCUGAGUCAGUUACUUUCCUCCCACCAUCUCCUCUCUCCUGAGUCAGUUACUUUCCUCCCACCAGCUCCUCUCUCCUGAGUCAGUUGCUUUCCUCCCACCAUCUCCUCUCUCCUGGUCAGUAGUUGCUUCCUCCCACCUCUCCCUUCCUCUCUCUGUAUCAAAAAGUUCUUUUCUUCUCCAUAGGCCCACCUGCGCUCGGUGGACGUGAAGAUCCUGCAGCAGCUGCUGGCGGUGCACGAGGGGAUCGAGGCAUGUAAGUGGCUCCUGGAGGAGCGUGGCACCCUGACCAGCCGCUGCAGCAGUCUGACCAGCAGCCAGUACAGCCUGGGAGAGGGCCCUGGAGGAGACACCUGGAGGGGCAGCUGGAGCAGCCUGCAUGACCCCCUCAACGACAAGCUGGAUAACAUCUCUAUAGGCAGUUAUCUGGACACCCUGGCUGAUGACAUGGACGAGUACUGCCCCUCUAGUUCUGAGUCUGUGCUGUGUUCUACUCCACUAGGGACUGCGACGCCUACUCGGACCGGGGGAGGGACAGGGGCUGGGGCAGUGCCUGGGGCAGGGGCUGGGGCAGAGCCUGGGGCAGGGGCUGGGAGAGGUGCUGGAGCUGGGGCUGUAGAAGGGUCAGUGCCUACGGCAGGGGUUGGGGUUGGAGCUGGGGUAGGACCAGGCACAGGGAGCAAGGUAGUUGUUGAUCCUGGCUUUCCCCAAGUCAAGCCAGACAUCCCCAAGGAGUCUCCCAUUUGGACUAAGGCCACAGAGGCAGUGAAAGGAACCACCAUCACCAAGGAUACCAAGGACCCCAGCCAAACCCAGCAGCCCAGUAAGAGCAAUGGCGUCCUGGAGAAAGCAGUCAGGCAAGCAGGAGGACCUGCUGAUUCUGCCUGGGUCUGCCUGGCUGAAAAGCUGGGGAAAAGCCACAGCCCCAAACUCAAACCCUAUAAGAACGGCAAGAUAGACCUGGAUGCCUGCAAGAUGAACAGCAAGAUGCACCUG